GCAGGUUCACGUAGAAUAAGGCGCGAUUCCGUUACCGUUUGUUAUUGGGAUAAUUAAUUUGUAAUUAUUUAUUUAUACUGUACUAUGGGAAAAGAAUGUAUCUGGCUGCUGUUCAUCGGAUUUUCUCUUAUUGCGAGCGAACCUCUCACCAACUCUUCUGAAACACUGAUUGCAAAAAACUCCACUGAGCAGACGGUGGACUACAGUAACAUCGAGUCAAAGUUCUCCAUCAGAAAUGCCGAAUUCCCUGACGAGGAUCUGUGCUACCUUGUCCCGGGAAUACAAGAGUCUUUUUUAGAGUGUCACUUCAAAACUGAAGCCCAAACCUUCAUUAUCAUCCAUGGAUGGUCGGUUGCUGGUCUGUUUGAAAGCUGGAUCUAUAAGCUUGUGACUGCUCUGUUUGAGCGUGAACCCAGUGCCAAUGUCAUUGUGGUUGACUGGCUGGAUCGGGCCAACAAUCACUACCCCACAUCAGCAGAAAACACCAGACUGGUGGGGGCAGAUGUAGCCAAGUUUGUCAACUGGUUGGAGGAGUUGGAGUACCCGCUGAAAAAUGUGCACCUGUUAGGCUACAGUCUUGGCGCACAUGUUGCAGGCGUCGCAGGAAACCUCACCAACCACAAAAUCAACAGAAUUACAGGUCUUGACCCGGCAGGCCCCAGUUUUGAGAAUGCCAACAGUCUUAGACGUCUGUCACCUGACGAUGCAACCUUUGUUGAUGUCCUACACACAAACACCAGAGGAACGCCAGACCUCAGCAUCGGGAUCCAGAGGCCAGUUGGUCAUGUCGAUAUUUAUCCCAACGGUGGAACUUUCCAACCUGGCUGCAGCAUUCAACAUACCAUGAAGCUCAUCGCCACCUACGGCUUCUACAACAUGGACCAAAUUGUGAAAUGCUCUCACGAGCGCUCCGUGCACCUGUUCAUCGACUCGCUGGUAAAUCAUGCUCAACAGAGCUGGGCGUACCGCUGUAGCUCCAAAGAUGCCUUCAACAAGGGCCUGUGCCUGAGCUGUCGCAAGAACCGCUGCAACAAACUCGGCUACAACGUGAACAAGAUCCGCACCACCAGGAACACAAAAAUGUACCUCAAAACCCGAGAGAUUACGCCGUUCAAGGUGUUUCAUUACCAGAUCAAGUUUCAUGUAUUUAGCGAUAAAAACACGACUAUGUUGGAGCAGCCGAUGAAAGUGUCGCUGUUCGGCACGACUGACGAACGGGAUGACAUCUCUGUCACUGUGCCCGUCAUGUUCACCAACAGCACCAUCUCCUUCCUGGUGACGUGCGACAGGGACGUCGGGGAGCUGUUGAUGGUGAAUAUCCAGUGGGAGAAGGACUCCUAUCUGUAUGGCUUCUUCAGCACCAAUCGAUUGAUGAUUCGCAGAAUGAGAAUAAAAUCAGGAGAGACUCAAGCCAAGGUAAUAUUCAGACCGAAAGAGGGAGAAUUUGGUUUCCUCACGCAGGGUGGAGACCCCGUUAUCUUUGUGAAGUCCACUGAAACCCAGCAGAGCAGGAGAGAUGAGAGGCAGCACAGAUUGAAGCAUCACGGAAGUUCCUUUAAGGGUGUGAAUGAAGCAUCAUCUGACAUGAGUAAAGAGCCGGUGUUACUGAAUCACACUGAAUCAACAGAUGUCACGACACAAACCACAACAAAGCAAAACAACUUCACAAGGUCAUCGUAAAGAGUUUUAGAUCCACCAGAUGAAAGUUCAACAAGUGAAUCUCAUGAAAACACGUCCAGGUCAUUUUGCAUCCCAAAAUCAGAUCAGGAAAUUAUAUUUGGCAUAAAGAAAUGGACACUCCAGUUGUUGCCUUAAAGGGACAGUAUGCC